UUGUCAUACAGAGAAGAAAGUGUUGUGGAAGAUUUUUUAUUAUUAUUAUUGCAGUGUUUGUAAGAGUGGCCAGCACUGCUAGAAAUGUCUCCUUGUUGUGAAGGUUUUAGAUAGAAUCCCCUGAGAUGAAGAAAACUCAAUGUUUCCUUGGAUCAUAAUAGAAAAUUGCCCUUCCAAAAUCCUUUUUUUUUUUUUUUUUUUUUAAAGUAUCGCUUUUCUGGUUUUAUUUUUUUUCCCCAUGCAAUGCUUCCAUGUUAUCACAUAAUGAAAUGGCUUUAUUAUGUUGAAAUUGACAAUGAUUUUGAUUUCUGAAUAUGUCUGGGCUAGUUGUGGAUGACAGCUGGGAACUAAUCAUUUUAAUCUUUAUUAUUUUUAGUAGAAAAAUGUAUUUCCAAACAUAAAUUUUUGAGGUAGGUAAAAACUGUCAGAACAAAUUAAACUUGUUUUUAGAGGCUCAACUGUUACAGAUGCAAGUUUGUUUGUUUUUUUUUCAUAUGCAUCUUACACUGUCAAUGUGUUGUCCUUAAGAACCAUACACUGUAAAACAUUUGAAGGUGAUUUAACUUGAAAAUAAAAGUCCUGCUGCCUUGAAAAUGCAAUUUAAAUCAACAAGAAAAUUGCUUUGGUUUUAACUCAGAAAUUAAGAUUCCUGAAGUUGAUUUAACAUGAGUCACGUCUAAAAAUUUGUUUUUAAAUUUAUUAAUCUUGAAUUGUGAGUUUUAAUUUAAUGACACAAUUUAAACAAAAGAAUUAUUUCACAACAUGUAAGAAAAAACUGUUCUCAGUUAAACAGCGCACAUUUCUCCAUUUUUUGUUCUCACAAAUAAAAGGUAAUUUUGGUAUGUAAAAAUUUACAGUCCUGUUAUGAAUUGCAUAAAGACAAUUUCUGGCCUGACAAUGAGUUUUACUAAAUAACACAAGAAUUCUGUAUAUAAACAUUUAGUGUGAACUGCUGUUCAUGAUAAGGUGCUCCUUAUCAUCAAGCAUUAACAUACACAUUUGCCAUCACACAAGAAUCAGAUCAAUGUAACACACUUCCAUCUCACUCAUGUUGCAAUACAGAUAAAAAAACAAACAAAAAAAAAACAUGCCGCUAAACAGACGGGGAAAUAGUUCUCACCCAUGUCCUCUUCUUUCUGUUUUUUUUUAAGUGCUAACCUAUAAACUCUAGUUUAUUCAACUCUUGGAGGUUUGACAAAGUUAUUAAAAAGUUAACACAACUUACUGUAAGUUUAUCUUUCACGAACUCACACAUUUAGGUUCAAAAUCUAAAACUCACAAAAUGUAUUUGACUUAAAGAGUAAAAGAUAGUAGACACAACUAACAACAAAAUCAAGGUAAACUUUGUUAAAAGCAUCCAUGAUUAGUUGUAGCAAUUGACCUUGAGAAAUAUUUAUUUUAGAUGUGAAAAUGUGUAUUGGGAUCAGAGGUGUGGAGUUCAGUGUCUAGCUGUGUAAUGAUGAGGUAUGUUACUUCUGCAUUCUUGUUCUACUAUUUGAAAAAAUAUUCAAAAAAUCAGCUUACCAUGUUCGAAUUAACAUGUAUCCAAACAUUAUAUUGAAACCUACAAAAUAGCUUUUUUUCUUUUUUACGGUGUAGUGAUGGUUUAUUGUGUAGAGAAUAAAGCAGGUCGUUCUUGUGGAUUGACCUGUGAGCGUGUGUGUUGGGCGUGCGUGUGUUGUUUGUGUACACUCACACAUCUCCAAAAUAAGCCCCGUAGCGUCUCCCCGCCGCUGCCUGCAGCAGGGCUGGUUAAUAAUAGGACUGCGGUUGUCAGUCCCCUCCGCAAGGCGGAGAGUCGGCCCGCUCUCAUUGGAUGACUUUUUUUCCGUGAGAUUCUCGUGAAGUGCUUGGUGGGAGGAGAAUUUCCAGCAGGCAGGGAUAUCAAAAAUAAACCCCCGUGAUGUCCGAGGGAAGAGCAAGACGUAUAAAUACCCCUGAUGUGUCCAGACUGCAGUGCUGUUCAAAGGAACACAGAAAGACUUCCGCAGACAGUUCAUAGACAGAGCGCUGACUGGGAGUGUAGGGGAUUUAAGGACAAUAGUCCCUGGACUGGGGAGGACGCACAACUUCCUAAACAUCAAGCUGCAUUUUCCUCAUGGCAGCUCUCUGCGUUUUGUGUCAGAAGAUGGGCAUCACGCCGCGUAUCGUCUCUUUGCUCCUCUGCCUAGUUAACGCAGCACUUGCCUCCCAGUUUGAGUCGGAGGAUGUUGUACCUGUUCGGAUUAACGGCAGAGUCGGCGGCCGCUUCUGGAAGAGAAGCGAAGAGAACCCCAUUUUCACCCUGAAAGCGUUCGGGAGGGACCUGACUCUGAACCUUAUCCCAGACUCCAGCUUUCUGUCGCCAGCCUUUAACAUCCAGGGCGUCAGCGCGGGAUACACGGCCACUUUACGCAGCGCUUCAGGUGCCCAGCCCGAGCUGCGCUCUGACCACAAUGGCUCCAAGAACCGGACACAGGAGAGCGAAGGACGCCUGCGGAGAUGCUUCUUCUCCGGAAACGUCGGUCAGGACGAGAACUCGCUCGUAGCGGUCAGCCUGUGCUCGGGCAUCUUCGGCUCCUUCUUCACGGAAGGGAAGGAGUAUCUGAUCGAGCCCAAACUCCGCAGCGGCCAGCGGCCGGACUCUGCCGAGCAGCUGCAUGUGAUCAGGAGGAGGAUACUCGCCGAGAACCGCGGAGUUCCCCUCUUGCUUAAUGGCGACGCGGAGACGCUCGGAGCGGAAAGUUUUAGGCGCGGCGGCAGUGAUGCACGGAGGGAAGCUCGCCGGAGACGCUUCGUUUCGGAGCCACGUUUCAUAGAAACCCUGGCCGUAGCAGACUCGACCAUGACCCACUUCUAUGGAGAUGAAAUAAAGCACUACGUCCUCACCCUCAUGUCCAUGGUGGCCCAACUGUACAAGCACCCCAGCAUCAAAAACUCAGUGAACAUAGUGGUGGUGAAGAUGUUGGUGGUGGAGGAUGAGGAGGCUGGACCGGAGCUGUCCAGCAACGGAGGCGUAGCUCUGCGCAACUUCUGCUCCUGGCAGCAGCUUUUCAACCCACAGAGCCAGAGGCAUCCUGAGCACUACGACACGGCAAUGCUGUUCACCAGAGAGGACAUCUGUGGACAGAAGAGCUGUGACACACUGGGUGUGGCAGAUGUUGGGACGAUGUGCGAUCCCAAGAGAAGCUGCUCAGUCAUCGAGGACAAUGGCCUGCAGGCCGCCUUCACUGCUGCGCAUGAGCUCGGCCAUGUGCUGAGCAUGCCCCACGAUGACUCCAAGACUUGCGAGAAGCUGUUCGGAGAUCUGGGAGGGCUUUACCUGAUGGCCCCUCUGUUUGUUAGUCUCAACAAAUCAGCGCCGUGGUCUCUCUGCAGCUCUCUUUACAUCACUGAGUUCUUCGACAACGGCCACGGAGACUGCCUCCUGGAUGUCCCAGAGAGCACCAUUGCCCUGCCAUCAGAGCUGCCGGGUACCUUCUACAACCUGGACCAACAAUGUCAGCAGAUUUUUGGGGAGGAGUUUGUCCACUGCCCCAACACGUUAGACAGCGACAUUUGCAGCCAGCUUUGGUGCCGAGAGGACGGUACAGGCCAGUGUACCACUAAGAAUGGCAGCCUGACCUGGGCCGAUGGCACUCCUUGCAGGUCCAAUGGGACCUGUCUACAUGGAACAUGCAAGAUGACAGAGGAAGUGAUGCAACCACUGAGGGCUGUGGAUGGCAGCUGGAGCUUAUGGGGACCAUGGCAGCAGUGCUCCAGGACCUGUGGAGGUGGGGUGGAGUUCUCCUACAGGGAGUGCACUGAUCCUGUGCCUCAGAAUGGCGGGAAGUACUGUGAGGGACAGAGAGUUCGAUACCAGUCCUGCAACACAGAGCCUUGUGACGCCAGUGAAGGUAAAAGUUUCAGAGAAGAGCAGUGUGAAAAAUACAACAGCCCUAACUACCUGGACUACAAUGGAAAUGUCAAACAAUGGAUCCCAAAGUAUGCAGGAGUUUCCCCCAGAGACCGCUGUAAGCUGUUCUGCAGGGCAAGGGGCAGCAGUGAGUUUAAAGUAUUUGAAUCAAAGCAGGUGAUUGACGGGACAACCUGUGGCCCUGACACCACAUCAGUGUGCGUUCAAGGCCAGUGUGUGAAAGCAGGCUGCGACCAGGUGAUAGGAUCUAACAAGAGGGUGGAUAAGUGUGGAGAGUGUGGAGGAACUGGGCUCAGCUGCAGAAAAAUAACAGGCUCCUACAACAAAGGAAUGUUCUUUCUGCGAGCCGCGUGUGGCGACAAGGAGACAACAAUGCGUGAUGACGUCAAGGAAUUACAAAGUUUAAUCUCACAGCAAGUAAGCUAUGGCUACAGUGACAUUGUCACCAUUCCCAUUGGUGCCACCAACAUUGACAUCAAACAGAGGAGCCAUAGAGGAAUAAAGCAUGAUGGGAACUACCUGGCUGUGAAGCGAGAAAACGGAGCUUACAUCCUCAAUGGUAACUUUUCCGUAUCCACAGUGGAGCAGGAUAUUCCCAUACUGGGAGCUGUGCUGAAGUACAGCGGAUCCUCCACCACAUUAGAGAGGAUCCAGAGCUUCAGGCAGCUGAAAGAAGCCAUAACCAUCCAGGUCCUGGCCACAGGAGGGGAUGCCAAUCCCCCCAAGAUCAAAUAUACCUUUUUCAUACCUAAGGACACAGCAUUUAACAAAUCUAGAGAAAAAGAGAAAAAGGACUUGUACUUGUCUCUUCAUAAGAUCAGCGAUGUCUCUGACUGGGUGCUGGGAGAGUGGUCUGAGUGCUCCAAGAGCUGUGGCUCUGGGUGGUCCAGGAGGAGCGUCGAAUGCAGAGACGGCGACGGCUUCUUCUCCAGCCAAUGCGACAGGGAGCUGAAGCCCACAGACAUCCGGCCUUGCGGAGAUGUACCGUGUCCUAUCUGGCAGAUGGGUCCUUGGUCUGCCUGCUCACGAACUUGCGGUCAGGGCGAGCGCCGCCGAAGUGUGUUCUGCAUAGACUACAAGGGGAAGACUGUUGAACCAGAGAUGUGUGAUCCAAAUAAAAUCCCAGAGCCAGCCUCUGGGCAAUGUGACAACCAUGACUGCUCAUGAAAAACGUGAUUACAAUGAACAGUCUUUAUUUUUACUUUUAUUUUUUUUUGUCAGAGUGCACAUACAAAUCCUGAAUGGGAGCAAAAGCAGCAGACAUUUUGCAGCAAACAGCUAUAGAUAUGGUGAUUACCAAGAAAUGCAAGAAGACCUGGACUCUAUACAUUUUAGAAAAAAGUCUUCAACUUUCGACUAAAAAGAAAUGAUAAACAACUAAAAUGUAACACUGCCUUGGUUUUAUUCCUAAGAAUUAUUUCUAAGAUACGAGCAUGAUUGAAGAGGGUUGGAUGAACUUAUGUUGAUAUUCUUGGUCCCACUAUAAUUUGUCUUUUGUUAACAUUAACAUCCAGUAUUAAGAUUUGGAACAGUGACAAUCUACCUCAGGAUGCACAUGUGAUGCUAUGUGUAAAUGCUAGUUUUUGAUGUAGUGUGUGCUUUCUUUAGAAUGAGAUCUAAAAGCAAAGAAUUUACUUCAGGAAUAAAUUUGGCAUAAUUUGCCAUUUAUUUUCUAGAUUUAGGUGCCACUGUGAGUCCAAAAUAUUAGCAAGAGCCAACACAGAGUCUGUAUAUCCUGGAAAACUUUGAUUGGACAAUUAAGACGUGAGGCUAUUUAAGCCUUGGGGAAAAGUGUUAAUCUUGAUUAAAAUCAGAUCUGAGUGAAUUCACCAAGAAGAUAAUGUCAGUUCCUUCAAAACCAUCCAUUUCAUACCCUUAUUUAUAAACCACUGCAUCCAUAUUUCCAAUGGAGAUGGUCAUAAAAAUCCUCAAAUCUCAUGCUUAAUAUAAUUUCAUAUCAUCUCCUGAAAACUUUUCAUCUGGCCAUAUGUUUGUAGUUAUCCCUAUUUUUAGCUUUUAUGAAAUGUGACAACUUGUAAAUUCUGGUCAACCAUUGAACAAAUGCUUUCCUAUUGAUAGAAAUUAUUCAAGAGAAUCAUAAAACUGCAUUAUUUUAAAAUUCUCAUCUUCCCACCAUCAUCCUGUAGGUACAAACUCUUACACAAUUUGUGAAGAAUAACUAAAACUAUGAAGGUACAAAAACAUUGUUCAUGACUCUUUCUGGCAGAAUAUGCAGUAUAAUUAUAAAAGAAAUAAAGUCAAUGAAAAACAAAUAUUCACUGUUCAUAACUAGGGCUUGCACUAAAAGACUUGCUGAAAAAAACUAAUUUUUUUUACAAGUUAUUAUAUUGUGGAUUAUGUUUUUGGUGUUCUUCCAGUUUAUUGUUUUUUAUUAAUUCUGAGCCUUCACCGAACAAGACAGACUUAGUCCAAAGCCACAGAAGCUGAAAUAAUGAACACAUGAAUUUGUUCCAAUUUAAACAUCGUGUGAAAUGUGUAAUCUUUAUUACACAUACAAGACUUCCUCUGUCUGGUAGUUUGAGCAGUAACAAAAUAUUUAUUGCAAUUUUUUUUUUUCAGUUCCCUUAUAUCUUAUAGGGCUAAGUGGUAAACAAGAUAUCUGUGUUGAUUUAAAAAAGUAAUGCUGAUGUAAUUUGCUUUCAGACUUUGUGGUCAUUUCUGACUCCUGUAUGUAUAUUUAAUGUAUUCAUUCCUUUAGUUAACUUACAUCAUAAUAUAAGAUAAAAGAAAUGGAAUGUAAGGCUGAUAUUCCUUCAAUGAAGGACAAUGCUAAAGUAUUGUUACAGCUUUCUAAGGUAUUUAUUUUUGUACAUUUUUACUUUGAUUAUGUAAUUAUCAUGGUAUAUGCUGCUGUCUUUGAAUGUUAAAUUUUUGUUUGUUCAUAAAAUGGUCAA